UCGCUGAAAUAAAUCUCGCUGGAAGCCACAGAAUUUCAUCAGAUAUAAAGGUCCCAGUGAAAUGGAUGGCCCCUGAGAUAUUUGACAACAAGGCUUACACAAGCAAGAGCGACGUCUGGUCUUUCGGCAUCCUUUUAACUGAAAUCGUGACAUAUGGAGAUGACCCAUACCCAGGUAUGGACAAAAUGACAUGCGUUCGGUCCAUUCAGAGAGGAGAGCGGAUGGAGAGACUGGCUGGCUGUCCCGAAGCACUCUAUGACAUUAUGCUACUGUGCUGGAGGUCAAACCCUGAGGAGAGACCAACAUUUACGGAGCUACGGGAGAAGCUGAUGGCUCUCAUAAAUGAGCCUGAUUCUGAACUGGAGUAGAUACUGUAGAAAUGAGAGCACUGGGACACUUUUGAGCUUAGAUUAUACAUAUCCAACACAUAUACGAUCACUUAUAGUUUACAGAGGUAACAGGACAUAUCUACUGAAAUUAAUGC